CCUGUUUUCUCACCGCAGCCUCCUUCCUGUAAGCCCGGGUUGAGGAAGUGAAUUUCGCUGACAGGGCUGGGUUCAGACAGGGAGAGGCGAAGAAAAACAUCUUCAGCGGGGGUCUUAAAAUAAUAAACCCAACGAAACAAUAAAAGACCAGAGGAGUAAACUGAAAAACCACCGUAGAGUUAAGGCGUACAAACAUCGGUGAGACCGUUCCUCGCAGAGACCGCCGCAGACAUGACUGACCAGCAGCUGGACUGUGCUCUGGACCUGAUGAGGCGUCUGCCUCCUCAGCAGAUCGAGAAGAACCUCAGUGACCUCAUUGACCUGGUACCCAGUUUGUGUGAGGACCUCCURUCCUCUGUGGACCAGCCCCUGAAGAUCGCCCGGGACAAGGUGGUGGGAAAAGACUACCUGCUCUGUGAUUAUAACAGAGAUGGCGACUCCUACAGAUCCCCGUGGAGUAAUAAAUACGAACCUCCUAUUGAAGAUGGUGCGAUGCCGUCGGCUCGCUUGAGGAAACUGGAAGUUGAAGCCAACAACGCCUUCGAUCAGUACAGAGACCUGUACUUUGAGGGCGGCGUCUCCUCCGUGUACCUCUGGGACUUGGAUCACGGCUUUGCAGGAGUUAUUCUCAUUAAAAAGGCCGGGGAUGGCUCCAAGAAGAUAAAGGGAUGCUGGGACUCUAUUCAUGUGGUGGAAGUUCAGGAGAAGUCCAGCGGUCGCACUGCUCACUAUAAACUCACCUCCACCGUCAUGCUGUGGCUUCAGACAAACAAGACCGGCUCUGGUACCAUGAACCUUGGGGGCAGCCUCACAAGACAGAUGGAGAAAGACGAGACGGUUGGAGAAUCCUCACCUCACAUCGCCAACAUCGGACGCCUUGUUGAAGACAUGGAGAACAAGAUUCGCUCCACACUGAAUGAAAUCUACUUUGGGAAAACCAAGGACAUUGUAAACGGUCUAAGGAGCGUUCAGCCGCAGGCCGACAUCAUGCAGAAGGAGGCGAUGAGGGUCGACCUAAUGAACGCACUCAAACGCAAACAAAACAACUAGAUGCUCAUGUUUCUUCUGGUCUUUCACUCUCUCCGCCUCACUUGCCAUCUUUGGUUUCUUUAUGUCUCUCCCUCCAUGCCUGUUUCAGUGCUGCACCUGUUUAUUUGUCGAAAACAAAAAGGAGAAAAUGCUUAGCUUUUGUUACUUUCCCGUCUUUGUUUUUUGUUUUGUUUUUUUGUUUUUGUUUCCAUGAAGCCAUUCAGUCACACUCUUCUGUGUUAAUAAUAUGAUGGUAUUACCUCGGUUAAUGAUAAUCUUACAGUGUAGUUAUAUAAUCCCCGAUGCAUUCUCAGCGACUGCGGCCCCGCUCCGCCCCGGUGUCGAGGACUUGGACUGCGCCGUUGGUUGCUGUGGGCUAUGACAGCGGUGCCAUCAGAUUUAUAUUUUGCACCCGUUUGGUCUCUGACAGCUGUCUGAUUAUAUUUGUAUAGACUUCUAACUGUCCACGUUCCACUGUCAGCCUUCCAGGUGAUGUGAACAUGAGGGCGGCCUUUUCUUUGUGCACAACCAUGUUUUUUUUUACACUUUAUUUCACUCUGUCUGCAUGUCUGUGAGCUGUGUGGGAGCAUGGGGAUGGACUGUUAUCACCCUGCCACAAUGCCCCACCCCCACCUCCAACAUAAACAGAGUAUUAAAAAAAACAUGACGGUUGCUUCCCCUUCUCUUCAGCUCCUCUCUCUACUGUCUUUGGGGGGUACUUGUUUUUGUUGUCUCAGUUGAAACAUUUUAGUUGUUUCCAUUUUAGAGGGGAAACAUUUGUUUGGAUUUUUUGUUUUGUAAAAGCUUAUAAUUCACAUUGUAUUAGAGCCUGCAGCAACAAUAAAAACUGUAAAAAGCUGCA